AUGAGCGGCCGUCCAUCUGAUGCACUCAGAAGUAGCAUAUAUCCCAUGAAUUUCCCAGAAUUGAUGAAAGAAAUCUCCGCAAACGAUAUUCGCAACAAUUGCACCGAAAAUUACGGAGAGCCUAGCGCUGUUGACCAUCCAGCCUCAAUUCCAAGGACAAUGAAGACGCCGCCAAGAUGGAGCGCAGACUUCAACCCACGCGAAGCUUUGAAAAUGCCCUAUCAUGAGAAGAUAACAAAGUGGCUCGAUUCUUUGCCCUGGAUUUUCGAAGAGGACCCUUCGGCGGCUCAUGGUAGCCAUCCCGUGUCAAGGUGGUCAAUUCCGAGUUCUGGUGAAUUGCUGACGCUUCCAGAUACUGCUGAUUGGAUUGACAUGCAAGCACAGGAAAUUACGCGGCUCACCACCGCAAUCUAUUACCACAAUGGUGAAGUUGCGGUGCGUCCGUUGGCAGCUGAGCGCUAUUGCGAAAACACAGGCUACGAACUGGAGUCCCUUGCACAGAAUUCUUAG